CGUUCUGGGGUUUCCUUGGUAAAGAGCGAUUUAGCCGGUGUUGUUGGUUUGUCCCUUGUUUGGCUUGAGGUAGUUCGAGAGGAACCACCGGAUGUUGAUAGGUGAAUUCUCCGGAUCGCUAGGGGAACAAACUGUUGGUGACAUCCGAAAUAGACGGCUCUGAUGAUAAAACAGCCGGAGCAGUGCAGCAAUGUGCACUGCUUUGAGAAAAAGUACACGUGUCAGUUACUAUCCUAGCCAACAAUAAUAUUCUAAGAAUAACAGUACCUGUAUUUAAUAGUGGCAACUAGAGAAAAACAACAUCAGCGUUUAGCAAGCUAACAGAUGUGUGAGACAAACGACGAUGACCAACAAGUGUAAAAAAGAUCUUUUCAAAGCACCAAAGGCGUAGGUUGAGGCUCUGUUGAAAUUGAUGAGGCGAAGUGUUCUAUCUUCAGUCUCUUGGAAUCGUUUGAAUUUUUCUCGUAUUCCGUGUGCUGAAUUUUCUCGCCAGCCCCUGCUGCCUUCCCCUCGUCCUACAUUUGUCCGGUUGACGAUGAUAAUUCGUUGCUUCAAACAGUUCAUUGUCAAUUUUCUUCUGCGCAACUUCUUGGGGGUAAGUUGCGUAGUAAAACAAGUUAACGAAGUCUAUCUGUUCGGUGUGUGAGAAAACGUCGACUUGCUUUUUUCAUUUGUUCGCAGUUAAUUUCAGCCUGUCGUGUCGGGUGUAAAUCGAUUACAUUGUGUGUAGAUUAACACCAACUAUUCACUUGGAUUACAAGCCGUAGUGGAUCAAGAGCAAGGUUCAUAUUUUGGACCGCGAGAGGCCGCAACGAAAGGAAAAAAAGGCCCUGUAUGAUCGCCAUCAACGUUUCGUUAGUCACUGGCUGAGAGAUACAAAGAUGAUUGUAUCAAUUUGUGAACUUGUCAAUAGAGACAAAUGAGCUAUCCUAAUAGAUGUCUAAAUGUGGAAAAAGUACUGUUGAACGAAACAAGUUUGCAGAUACACAUUUCUGGUUAACGGACAUCCAUUGGAAUGGUAUUUAGCGGACGACGACGAUAAGCAGGCUGUUUAUUUGUCAAGGGACCAACGAGUCGACGAUGGACGGCUGCUCGCCCGGGGGCGUGAGGAGCGCUUACUCCAUGGGCCUACCUUCACCCCUUUCGAAAAGGUUGAAAGGUGGGAGUACCAGGAGGUCUAACGUUUCUUUCCGUUCUUCUCCGUUGUCAUUCAUUUAUAAACAACAAAGCCACGAGUUUCGCAUUCGCUGUGGCAGCAGCCAUAAUGAUCAUUACCAUCAUUGCUACAGCCACCGCGACGACCUGUCGUCUUCACGACCGUCACGCUCAUUGCUUAUCGACAGCGAUGCGGCCCACGGUCAAUGGUUUUCGCUAUUUUAUGCUGCUGCCGGUGUCGCUGUAGACAACGACGACGACGUUUCAAACCCCUAUCUGCACGUCUUCCAACACAACUGUAGGCGCCGUCGGCCAACCAUGAUCUAUGCGCUGCUCGCAGCCGCUUUCCUACUAGCUGCUCUAUUCGGUCCUUCCAUUGCCUAUGGAAGCAACGUUCCCAAGUUCUUCACGCACCUGAAAACCAUGCAGAAAUCAGUGUGUGACGGUGACAUGUUACACAUAAAAUGCCCUCGCAACACGUCGAUCACGUUUAACAUGGUAUUCUACGGACGCAACGCUUCCUACAGCAGAACGUGUCCAGGUGGAGCUAGCCAGGGAAGCAGCGGUGGAGGCCGUGGUAGCCAGAACCCGGCAGAUGAAACCACCUGUAUCUGGAAAGGCGCGCUACCUCUGCUCGUGGAAGCUUGCAAGAAUCAACAGGAAUGCAAGGUCAAUCCUCAUAAAGAGUUCAGACAGCGGGAUCCGUGCCCUCACAUUAAGAAGGUGACCGAUGUGACCUACCAAUGUCGGCCAAAUCUUUUCCUGUACAAAACGGUCUGCCAGGGCGAGAAAAUGCUGCUGAAGUGUCAGGGCAAACAACGAAGACUGCUCGUCUUCUCAGCCUUCUUUGGAGCGACAAAACUAGGCGUGCCCGAGUGCCACCAGCGAGACGAUAUCGCUAAAGAAUGCAACGCGAUUGGCGCAACCGAUGCGAUGAUCGCGGAGUGCCAGGGACGGAGGAGGUGCCAGCUGAGCGCGAGCCACGAGCGUUUCGGCAGGAUCUUGUGCGCUAAGCAGGCUGCCGUUUUCCUACGCGUCGUAUAUACAUGCGUAUCUCGAGACAUCCUAAAGGAGUACGACAACGACGACGAAGAUUUCGCGACGGAUGAUUUCAUAAUGUCGUCAUCAUCCUCCUCGUCGCCGUCCACCUCCUUGAUGUCUAUAUCUGAAAAUUUCUUAUCGACUUCACCACCCUAUCCGUCGAACCAGUUUACCACGGACAGACCGAGAACGCCGUUCAAUAAGUACACUGAAGGUGGUAACCAUGGUUCUAAUAGCGGUCGGGGAAAUGGUUCGGGGUAUCGUCAUGGACCGCUACAAGUUAGUACCGGUGGUAUGGGGUUACAAGAAAGGGAGCCUCUGGGAGGCACCCCGCCUUCCAUUAUCUAUAAUGUACCCAAGCCUGGUUCUGCUGGAGACACAGUUAGACUACAUGAAGUCAUCGAUGGAUCAUCGGCGAAUAACGGCGGUCAGCUACGGUCGUCGAUGUCAAGCUCAACGGUUCGCAGUGGAAGUGUGGCCGGUGGUGGACUGUCGGACUCAUCAAGUGGUAGUUCAGGAAAUUCCUCGUCUGGGGGCUUACCUGGCCUCCUUGACCUGCUGUGGCGUAACAUCGGUGGUGCGCCCCGACAACAGGUUAUGGUGUUCGUGGGAGGAGGCGUCAUUUGCGUCUGCCUCGUCGUAAGCAUGGCAUGUUUAAUUGGAUCGAUCAGCCGUAGCAGGGGCCGAACAAAACAGCAGCGAAAAAAACUUGUCGUUCUCACACCAGACACUUGUGAGUUCGAUACGAUGGGUGAGUCGUCCGAUAGUUUGUCAAUGGGCCAUAUCGCUCCGCCAACGUUAACAUCAACACUUCACCGGGCGUCGCAAGUCCUGGAAGUGCGUGCAACGGUGCGCAAAAAUUCCAAAGUUAAUUGGGUUCGUCGUCGAAGACGCGAGGCCGGCUGGGGCUAAGAACUUAGUCACUGUUAACUCACCAUUACGAAAUUACCACUAGCCGGAAAAUAAAAGUGUGACACGUGCGAUUUUCAUUUCGAGGUGAGAGCGGCAACUUACUACAAUGGUACAACUACCAAACCUACUACUAUAAUAGCAGUAGGUUACCACAACCGGUUCUUCUCAACUAUUGCAAGCACUGCCGUCGCUCAUGACAAUUACGCAUGGCUUUCUUUAUGGCUCGCUUUGUGAAGUGAUUUUAUCAGUGCACUUCAUUUAUGUUGUCGAUGGGCACAUGUGUUUAAUAUGAGUCGCGCGUGUAAAUACGAGCCGUUUCCCCAUCGUAGCGCAGUCGACCUACUAGCUUAUUUGCAAUCAUUGUAAUGACGAAACACUUUCUUGCCAGAAUUUUACAAUGGGACAAAUAUCGUGAGUAUGGCGGUUCUCAACUGUGUGAUCUUGUGGAGAACAGAGCUGUAAUAUUUUAUCAUGUAAAACAUCACAAUCCUGGUCGCAAUUGUGGCCCACUUGCGAAGGGAAAAUCGACGAUGACACAAUCACUGGUAAACAGAAACACCUUUCAUAAGUAGCUUGUAGAAAAGCAGCGUAUAGAGAACAUGCCUCUGAUGUUUCUAGCAAGGUGAAAUAGGUGCGCGUGAUUCAGCGAUGGAAGCGCGUGCGAGACACUGAACUGUUGUUACACGCUGAACAAAUCGAAUCCAAUCAAUAACCUGAUCAGUAAGUAGCAGCAUAAACGCCGUAGUCGACGUAAAAUUAAACAUUGUUUUUUUUUGAUACACGCCUGUAUUUGUAAGAAGGUGAACUUCAUAUCGGUGAUGGGAUCCUUCCCAGCAGAUUAAAAGGGAAAAAUUGUAUUAUGUUGUCAGUAACCCAGCGCAAACCUUGGACACACAGCACAAAUAACAGCAUUAACAGCACCCGUACAAUGCACUUGGGACGCACCGCCGUGCGAGCGUAAAUAAUAACAAACGGUGCUUCUGUAAUUAGAUGCAUCAUCUCAAUGUAAUAUAUGAAUAAAGGGUGUAAUCAUAACUGUGAGAGUACGUACGUGCACGUUCAGCAGCAAUGAGCAGUUUCGGCCUAAUACUUGCCAAAGGCAGGUGAACGGGCAGGCAUACAUGUGUCGAGGGUUGAAAAUCGAAUGAGGAGGCCUAUAGGGCCUGAACGUAGGUGAAUUUAAACUGGAACUUAUGUGUUUGUUGUAUCAAGACGACAAAUAUCACACUGAAAACAGUAUGUCGUAGAAAUACAAUGCGGUUCUAUAAAAACAGCGCAAAUGACGUCAAGAACAAACACGUCGAGAACUAAAACAAAAAAAGAAUAGACUAAAUGGAUAAGAUAUAAGCAGAGCAGAGCAGAGCAGUGCAGGUUUGCAGUUGCACUCGGUACUUUUCUACUUUCACGUCACAUUGAAUCCAUAUAAUAAACAAUAAGUAAAAACACACAUACACACACACACUGACCUGACGCUGUACAUACAAUACGGAUGUCUAAACCAAUAUGUGAAAAUAUGGUAUCACAACUAAAACUAUAACUGAUGAUGAAGACGACA